AUGUACCAGAAUGAGAAUGAGGUGGGUUUGGCCCUCCAUGCGAAGCUGCAGGAGAAGGUUGUGAAACGUGAGGACCUCUUCAUCGUCAGCAAGCUGUGGUGCACGUAUCACAACAAGGACGUGGUGAAAGGAGCCUGCCAGAAGACGCUCAGCGACCUGAAGCUGGACUACCUGGACCUCUACCUCAUCUGCUGGCCCGCGGGCUUCAAGCCUGGGAAAGACUUCCUGUUGGAUGAGGACGGCAACGUGAUUCCCAGUGAGAAAGAUUUCGUGGAUACCUGGACGGCCAUGGAAGAGCUGGUGGACAACGGGCUGGUGAAAACUAUUGGAGUCGCCAAUUUCAACCAUCUCCAUGUGGAGAAGAUCUUAAACAAACUUGGCUUAAAAUACAAGCUGGCGGUUAACCAGAUCGAGUGCCACCCGUACCUCACUCAGGAGAAGUUAAUCCAGUACUGCAACUCCAAAGGCAUUGUGGUGACUGCCCAUAGUCCCCUGGGCUCUCCCGACAGGCCAAGCCCAAGGACCCUUCCAUACUGGAGGACCCGAGGAUCAAAGCGAUUGCAGACAAGCACAGUAAAACCACAGCCCAGGUGCUGA